UAAAUCAGGCCCAUUCAAAUUAACAGAUUUCAUUUCAGUUUCACUCUGCAUCGAUAACGAAAACCGUAACUGAAUUUCCCGUCGACGAGAUAAUGCUAAGAAAUCUCCGAUUCCGGCGACGCCCCCGUUACGGCGGCAUUAUAUGCGCCGUCGUUUCAGCACUUCUUCUCUUAACAUCACUCUCCCUCCUCCGCCGUCACACUCACCGUCGCUCCCUCUCUCACGAGAUAAACUUCGACUCCCUCCUCUCCGAUUCAUCGAACGAGGAUACAACCGGCGGAGAGGACACAAUCGACGCACUUGACAUUGUGGAAGAACAGGCUCCGGAAUCAACAACAGACGCCGAGGAAGACGACGAGCCAAUCGAAGAGAGCAACAAAGCUUCAGGCUAUUUCUUCUACCACGUAGAAGGUGUAAUCAGAAGAUCAUUCAACAAGCGAUCGAUGAUGACGAUGACGGAGGAAUCAAAUCAAGGAUUCAGGAUUUUCGAAACGAAUUCGGAGGAUCGCGGGAAGACCGCGUUUGGUUCCGAUGACGUGGCGGUGGACGAGUACGUGAGGACGAAGAUGAUGCAAGUGAAGGGAAUUGAGGACGCGCUUUUGUUGAAAGUUGGUAAGAAGCCUUUGAGAGAAGGUUGGAGUAAUUGGUUUGAUAAGAAAAGUGAUUAUUUGAAGAAGGAUAAGAUGUUGAAGUCUAAUUUGGAAGCUUUGAAUCCUUUGCAUAAUCCUAUUUUACAGGAUCCUGAUAGUUUUGGUCUCACUGGUCUCACCAAGGUUGAUAAACUCUUGCAAAAGUCACUGGUAAAUGAGUUAAAGAAAACUCCAUUUCCUCCUAGGAAAAUCACUAGGGCACCCAAGUUAGCAGCAUAACUUACUCAUAGGCAAUGUAGCACCAACACCUCUGUAAAAAGCAGUGUAUGUGUCCGUGGAGGAAUCCUGCACGACACUUGUAAUUACAUUUAAUUUAUUAUUUUUUCAAAUUAUUAUUGAUGUCGCCGUGGGUCGUGUUCCGGGUGUCCGUGCAUCAUAGGUGAUAGGUUUUUUUUUAAAAUAUUAUUUCAUUUGUAUUUUUUGAUUCAUUCAGUGUGGUAUGGUUGUUGUAGACUGUUGAUAUUGAUUGGUUGAAAUUGAAACCACUUAUACAAUUGAGCCUGCAUGAUUUUAUCUCACCUUGUGCAAAUAUGAGAAACUAGAAUUACACCUUAUUCGAGAUAGUGUUCUUAUAAGCUUAUCUGCAUCUACAUUAGGCUUUUAAAAGUUCCAAUGCAACGAUGUAGUGGUGUGCAUGCAUGUUGACGCAAUUGUACAAUUGCACUUGUUCUGCCCUUUUUUUUUGGCAAGAAAAGGAAUUUGUUAUUGAUUAAAGACAGUGAGAACGAAAGAAAACAAUUUUUUGUCUGUUUCCCAGAACGAGUUGCUCUUGUGCGUCUGAGAUUACAUAGUGAGAGAGGUAACUUGUCUUGCCGCCCCUCAAAACCAAAUGGAACUUGAUGGAAUGCAGAAGUGGGCUGCAACCUGCAAAUGUACUGCGUGCCCUUUACCCGAGGCCAUCGAUAUUGUGGAGCCAUUCAAUGCUCAUUAUGUGAUUGCACUUGGCAUAGCAAGGUUCUCGAGCUGUGCCCAUUGGGUUCUUCAGGUCUGCCACUGUUCAUGAAAUUUUGUAUUUUCAGUAGUCAGUCAGUCCUUUGAUUCAUUUACAAAUUCAGAGGUUACUUGAUUUUUAGCGUGUCCUAGGGAUUGAUAUAACUUAGACACAUUUUUCUGAAUUGUUUUUCCUGUUGAUCACAGAUGGAGUAUUAACAUUAUUUGAUAAAUUUGAAGUACUGUCUACUCUAGAAAUAUUUUCUGUUUUCAUUUUUUGACAUAAGUGUGUUCAAUUUAGCUUGUUAAUAAGACAUGAGACUCUUAAAACGAAUAAUUGUGAUGUAGAGAAUAUGAAAUGUCAGUUAGAGAUGAUGCAUAUUUGAAAAUAAUAAAAACAAUCUUUUGACAUUUUUUCGUUUUUUCAAAAUAUGCAUACAAUUUUUCUUGUUAGAAGUAAAUUAACAAAUUUUAUGAAAUAAGAAGAAGAAACGUUUUCACAAAAUAAAUGAGGCCUUGGUUUCUCGUCAUUUUAAUUGGUAUAAGUUUACAAAGCCAUUUCUUAAAGGGCAUCUUGUGCUGUAAAGGUCUUGCCAUGUUGUGAGGUUGAAAUUAUUGUGAGUGUAUUGUAGAAGAUACUAAUUUGACGACCCAAAUCUGUUAUCUCCUAAUCACAUGGCAGCAAUUCCAUUUGUUGCGCCAGGUCUAACUUAAUUUAAACAAUCUUUUCUCUGGCAGAAUUUUCAGAGUGGCAUGUGUUUUGCCUAUAUCUUGUUUUUCUCCGAGCCAAUGUUUGCGUGUCCGGGCUCUUUAUCCUUUGUUACAUGUUAUUUAUAACCAUCCGGCUACAAGCUUGCUACUAUUCCUGGCUCGCUUCUUUUGUGAUUUAAUUCUUAUACGCUUGCUUCUCUGCAUGCAUGUUGACACAAUUGUACAACUGCAUUUGUUCGGCCUUUUUUUGGGGAAAAGUAGUUUCUUAUUGAUUAGAGAGAGAGAACAAAAGAAAACAAUUUCUUGUUUGUUUCCCAGAUCGCGCUGCUAUGUGUGUCUGUGAUUACUUAUUGAUAGCAUGAACUUGUCUCGCCGCCCCUCAAAACCAAAUGGGACUUGAUGGAAUUCAGAAGUGAGCUGCAACCUGCAAGUGUCCUGAGUGCCCUUUACCGAAGGCGAUCGAUUUGACAGGAAUUUUGUGAUCAUUCUGUCUAUAUCUGGGAGCUGUUUCUGUACGACCCUAACUGCUGGUCAUGCAGAACACAUGUAUAAUUUCUUAACUACAGGAUCUACGUCAUCGUCUAAUGUAAGGGAUCUGAUUACGUUACAUUCCGUUCUAUAUUGUUUCAUUUUGUACAUUCAGAUUGUUGAGCCAUUCAUUGCUCAUUAUGUAACUGCACUAGGUGUAGCAAGAUUCAUGAGCUGUUCUCAUUGGGUACUUCAGAUCUGCAUCUGUUUGUGAUAUUUUGUAUUUUAUGUAGUCUGUCUGUUCUCUGAUUCAUUUACAAGUUCAGAGGUUACUUGUUUUUUGGCAAGUGUUAGGGAUUGGCAAACCUAAGAGGCUAAGACACAUUUUUCUGAAUUGUCUUCCUCUCGAUCAAGGAGUGGAAUAUUAACAUUAUUUGAUAAAUCGUUAGGUCUCAAUUACUGUGAAAACAUUUUCUGUUUUCAUUUUCUAAAAUAUGUAUACAUUUUAAUUUGCUAAAAAGAAGAUGUGAGACUCUUAGAUGAAUAAUUGUAAUGGAGAGAAUAUAAAAUGUCAGUUAGAUUGGUGCAUUUUUGGAGAUAAUGAAAACAAUCUUUUUGACAAUUUUGUUGUUUCCAAAAAAUAUACACAAUUGUUUAUUUCAAGAGUCUAGUAUCUCCUUGUUAGUAAAUUAACAUAGAUUUUAUGAAAUAAAAUUAGAUAACCUUUUCAUAAAGGAAACAGGUCUUUUGUUUCUAGUAAUUUUCAAAUGUAUAUAAGUUUUCUAAGCCAUUUUGUAAAGGGCAUCUUGUGCUGUAAAGAACUUGCCAUUGUCAUAUUGUCAGGGUCAAAAUCAUCGUGGGUAUAUUGUAGGCUACAUUUGACAAGGCGGCCUUACCUUGUGUUUGCAGAAGAUGCUAAUUUGACGACUAAAAUCUGUAAUCUCCCAAUCACAUUUUCAGUGUGGCAUGUGUUUUGCCUGUAGCUUAUUUUCUUUUCAAGCCAUUGUUUGCAUGUUCCGACUCUUUAUGUUUUGUUACAUGUUAUUGAUAUCCAUCCGGCUACAAGCUUGCCGCUAUUCUUGACUAGCUUCUUUUGAAAUGUAUCCUAAUUAGAUUUUGUAACAGCAGAUCUCCUACUAACAUACUAUUUCUUGCUCAGAUGUUAGGUCCAUGUCGACAUUUGUUGGUUGCCUUGGGGCAUGGUUAUGGCCGUCAAUGGUUAUCAUUUCAGAAAUUGUCCAAACCUUCAUCUUAGCAAAUUUCUCUUUCUACUUACUAUUAUGUCAAAAGGUAUUCACGCAGGCAGCAGCUACACGAUUCCAACACUCAUUAGUCAAUGCACAUAACAAUUAACGUCAUGGAAAUAAUAACAUGUUGCAGUGAGCACUUGUUAAACACUAAAUUCUAAAGGGUUGUUAUCAACCAUCAAUUACAAAACCCAAUAAUAAUCCUUAUCCUUUUCCUUAAGUAGACAAAGACUUCCAAUGUCUGUUGAGACUUGCGGAGGAAUUGUAUGGGGCCCAAAAACCCUUCAAUAGGGAAGUUUCAGGCUUCUAUUGGAGCACAUGAGAUUUUCAGCCCGGAGACAUGGAAAGCAGCUUUAACAGAAUUAAUUGCAACUGCCUCACUAAUGUUCACCUUAUCUACCUGCAUUAUCGCAUGCUUGGACUCACAUGAAGUUGAUCCUAAGCUUAGUGUUCCCUUUGUAGUCUUCAUCAUAGUAUUCCUAUUCUUAAUUGUCACAGUUCCUCUAUCAGGUGGCCACAUGAGCCCUGUUUUCACUUUCAUAGCUACUCUAAAAGGUGUAACCACUCUUUCUCGUGCACUCCUUUACGUCUUAGCACAAUGUAUUGGCUCGAUAAUUGGUUUCUAUAUACUCAAGUGCGUGAUGGAUCCAAGACUAGUAAACACAUAUUCAUUGGGAGGUUGUGCUAUUGGUGGCAAAGGACUCAAUUCUAGUAUCAGUCAGUAUGAAGCUUUGUUAUUGGAAUUCUCUUGCACAUUUUUAGUACUCUUUUUGGGUGUUACAUUGGCUUUUGACAAAAAAAGAUCAAAGAAUUUGGGCUUGCCGAUGGUAUGUUUGGUCAUAGCUGGUGCCAUGGCGUUGGCUGUAUUUAUGUCUGUAACUGUGACUGGACGGGCCGGUUAUGCUGGUGUUGGGCUUAACCCGGCAAGAUGCUUAGGUGCUGCAUUGGUUCAUGGAGGUUCACUAUGGAAUGGGCUUUGGGUUUUUUGGGUCGGGCCUAUUUUGGCCUGUUUAAUCUAUUACAGUGUCUCUAUCAACCUACCAAAGGACCAUUUAGUUUUGAUGGAUGAAGAAUAUGAUGUCUUAAAGUUGGCUAUUGGUUCUAGUGGGACAAUAACUAAGGGUGACAUUUCAAAGGAGACUUUUUAUUCUGCCUCUCAUAUAUCUCAAACCACUUGAUUUUGUCUGGUUUAUAUAAUUCGAAGGUGAACGUUUGUGUUGUAUAUUCCAACAAGUUAAGUGUUUUGAGAAAUGUUGAGUGUUUUAAUUUAUAUCACAAUAGAAGAAAGUGAAGUUGAUUUUCAAGUUAUGUGUACAAUGGGAGAUGAUAAACUUUGUGACUUUGUUGUAUGCUACUUAAACAACUACUACCACUUACUAUAUUUGGUCCAUUGAAAGGAACAAUUCUCAUUCAUUUUUCUCCAUCAAUAUGACUUUUUUUUUUCCAAUAUUCGAAAUUAGAAUUUAUGGUUCAGUUAUUACUUGGGACUUAUGUGAGUGUGUUCUGGCUUUUCAGUAUUUAAAAACAGUUUUGAAAAACUAUUUAAAAACUAGUAUUUUGCUUUUUCAAUUUUAAAAUAAUAUAAACUUGAGAAAAAAAAUUUAAAAAAAUGUAAAAGUUAAAAAAAC